AGCCUUCCAAAAGAGGGCACAUGCAAGUGGUGUGCUCGCUAUAUAUACACAACUGGAAGGGACAGCAUUGCGCCGGCUGCACUACACAGGGCGGUAGUAGUAGUAGAUGCGUGUGCGUGGCACGGAUAUAUACAUCACGAUUUCCGCACGUUAUUUGCAGUGACAACGCACACACGAUAAUCUCUUACUACCACUGUAUUGGUUGUUCAUUUACGAAUGUAGUGUUUUAUAUAUACUUGACGCCGGGUUAUAUAUAAACACACACGCAUCAAGCUGCCAAAGCAAAGGGAGUGUGUAUUUAUUCAAAGCCCGAGUCAACUUUGAAUGGCAACCAGUGCUAUCACUGGCGGCAGCUGCAGCAGCAGCAGCGAUGUUGACGACGAAGACGACUGCGACGACUUUGCGUAUGAGAAGUUCCACGUGGUGCACGGAGGGAAUAUGCACAUGGAUUCUACGCGGACGCACGCGACACGUGUCCGCAGCUUCGGGGACGCGGUCUGCAUGAGCGCUCAGCCACUUCCCCCAGGCCGCGUGUUUCUCGUGGAGCUGUCUCAGAAGGAGACGGGAUGGUGUGGACACCUCCGCGUGGGACUCACGCGUUUGUGUCCCGGAGGAAGCGACGGUCUGGGAUGUCCCGUGGGUUCAGAGCAGAGUGGCACCCGGCAGUGCACCCACAGCAGGCACGGCAUGCAUGGCCCCGCACUGCCGAUCCCCGUCCCCCCGCACGCCUCUCCCGAGAUGGAGGCCCUGGGGGGCACGUGGGUGGUGCCCAUCAGCACGGGGCUGGGAGCGCAGAGAGAGGCAGACGCACUGCUCGGCGAAAGUGACGGAGAAGGAGACAUUGUGAAGGUUGGCAAUCAUGUGAUCGUAAGGGACUCCUUGGUGGGUCGGAGCAGAGUGGGCCGCUACAGCCACUUAUUGGAUCCACUUUUCAAGACUCACAUCUUGUCAACGACAGCACGCGGGACUCGUAUUGGCGUGAUCUGGCGAAUAUUGGAAGGAAGAUACUGCUGGACUCAACAGGAUGUGGCAUUUGAUAGUCAAUCCCCAUGCAUCAGUCUACCAUGGACACGAGGUUUACACAAAUCACGUGCCAACAUUACGAAGUAUCCUGUGCUCGUAAAGUCUACACCUGCCCUUAAAGAGGAAGGCGUCAUGCACCUGCUCGUGAAUGGCCGUGAUCUCGGCGUCUUUGCGCGAGGGAUCCCCACACACACCCCCAUCUUCGCGGUGGUGGACGUGUUUGGAUGCACGCGCGCCGUCACAGUCCUGCACGUGGAGUACGCCGUUCCAUCCCUGCAAACCAUCUGCCGACGGAUGAUCCAAAAGUUGACCGUGAACAGACUCGCAAUCUCCCGUCUGGGUCUGCCCGCAGCACUCCAGUGCUAUUGCCAGGAAUGAUCACUUUUAAAAACCAUAAGUGAGAUAUAAUGUAAUUUAUAAACAUGUUCGUGCUUUUAGUACAAAUUAAAGAGUAUUUUUUAAA